CACAAGCCGGUGUCGACAACGCCAAAGACGCCCAAGAUGGGCUCCAGCACAAGCUUCAAGAAUUCGCCAGCCAGUAUCAAGAAAACACCGUCUAAAAGCUCUGAGACGCCAAAGGUCAAGGCGGGCUCGACGUUGAGCUCUGGGCUCGCGAGAAACCAGCCAGGCGACCCGACAGAAAUCAAAACGCAGAAAAAAAGAUUCAAGCCCGGAACUGUGGCCUUGCGCGAGAUCAGAAGGUUCCAGAAGUCCACAGAGCUGCUUAUCAGGAAACUACCCUUUGCUAGACUCGUCAGAGAAAUCGUCCAGGACGAGUUCGGAACAAGCACCUACAGAUGGCAGUCGGUCGCAGUGCUGGCGUUGCAGGAAGCCGUCGAGGCGUAUCUUGUGCAUCUUUUUGAGGAUACCAACCUGUGCGCGCUCCACGCGAAGCGAGUCACCAUCAUGCAGAAAGACAUCCAUCUUGCCAGGAGACUGCGGGGGGAUUGAGUCCUAUUAGUGUAUGUAUACUACAACCUGUUGUGUCAAAUACCAAUCGGGCCUUUUUCCAUGUAGUCCUCGCGCAGGAAGGAGCCCCCGACAGCGUGCGAGUUGAACACCUGCUUCGCGAGUAUCUGUGCGCCCAGAAACGAGCAGUCCUCGAACCCGGUCUUUUUCCACUCGGUAAAGUAGUCCGGCCGACUCAGUAGCUUGACGUGUUUCGGCACCUGGAUUAGGUUCAGGUCCUGAAUCAUGUUGUUUGUGUCGCGGAACGCUCCGCUUUGGGCAGACAUUGCACCCUGUCCGACAACAAAAUUGCGGUACAGGUGCACCACGAGCGCCUCCUUGAAUCCGAUGAUUUUGCUCGUCUGGCCUACUAGGAUCAAGUUGUCGUAGCAUUCCUGCGCCCUUUUAAGAUCUGUGAUUUUCGACAAUGUGCGGUGGAUAGCCGCUCCAAUGCUCUCGAUCAGGUCUGUGCAGCCUUGGAACCGCUCCUUACCCACGCUCACAACAUUGCCUUCGCUAUCCACAAACGUGUUAGUCUCAAGCUCGCUGUUUGGCUUUGAUUCUGUAGCGGCCUUGCCGCUCUUGCGCUUCUCCUUCUCCUUCUCCGCCAGGAUUUCCCGGGUCGGCUUGUCGCUCGUCACAAUUGCCGCCACGUCCAGUACACCGUCGUCCUCCUCUUUUUUCUCCACCAGCUGCUCCGCGCCGAAGAACGAAUUUUUGGCAUCCUCCUCACUCAAAACUUCAAAAAUCGCUGACCGCUUCAGCAUUUCCACCUGAUCGCUCGUCAAGUCUGGCAGAAUCUUGCCCAAUCUAUCGUUUAUACUGUUUCCGCCCUUGUCGAUGAUUUUGAUUCCCGGAGUGUACACCUGGUAGUCGAGGAUGGGCGUGAUCUCGGUUUUCUCGUAGCCAAUGUCAACAACACAAGCAUUGGACAGAGACCCGUAAGAGAACAUCGAGCACAGAGAGGCAGGAACGAUGGAGAAGGCCCCGAACUGCAGAGUUUCAAAAACGUACUUUGUGAUCAUCUCGAUCGUCUCGUUCGACCAUCUGUUGGAGGUCUGCACAAGCGUGAAGGCGAUGCUGUUGAGGAGCAACACCGGCUGGUCUUUAAGAAUCGAGCGAGCAAUACACUUGAACAGAAAAUUUAGCCCGUGAACAUCGACAAUCUCGCCUUUCACAAUGGGAUACACAGCGAGCGACUCGUCCUGAGGCUUGAUGGUGUAGUAUGCCGUGUCCUGUGCAUUUUUGUAUACUUUCGUAGGAAUACUGUACGCAGGUGGACUAAGUACAUCCUCAAUCCCAAAUCGCACAAGCGUAUUCUGCGAGCCCGGCUGGACUAUCAGGA